CAAGCCUCCAACCGACUUUACCUCCCAACAUUCCCGUUCUUCAACCUCACCUACACGAAACCGACACCCUGCCCCCUGUCCCACUCCCCCACCUCAGCAAUGGCAGCUUCAGCGGGUUCGUAUUCGAAUCCAUUAAAGAAGUUCAAGCUGGUUUUCCUAGGAGAACAGAGCGUCGGCAAAACGUCACUGAUAACCAGGUUCAUGUACGACUCUUUCGAUAACAUGUACCAGGCCACUAUUGGGAUCGAUUUUCUGUCAAAGACAAUGUACCUUGAAGACCGAACCGUCCGUCUCCAACUCUGGGAUACCGCUGGUCAAGAACGCUUCCGUUCUUUGAUCCCCUCGUACAUCCGUGACUCUAGCGUCGCGGUAGUGGUCUACGAUAUCACCAACCGCACAUCCUUCCAAAACACCACCAAAUGGGUCGAUGAUGUUCGUGGCGAACGUGGAAACGACGUAAUAAUAGUGCUUGUGGGGAACAAGACGGAUCUUAACGACAAGCGGCAGGUUACUACCGAAGAGGGCGAGAAAAAAGCCAAGGAAUUCAAGGUUAUGUUUAUCGAGACUAGCGCUAAAGCUGGACAUAAUGUCAAGACUUUAUUCAAGAGGAUCGCACAGGCGUUGCCGGGAAUGGAGGGAACAUUGAAUGAGCCUAAUUCUGAGAUGAUUAAUGUUGAUAUCGACCGGAACGAUAGCACGCAAGCGGACGGUUCCUGUUCUUGUUAAUUCAAAUACCUUAUAAACGGUUUUUGGGGGCUUUUCUUCGUUGUAAGAUGGGAUUACAAAGUAAUUUUUGUUUGUCUCUCCUUGGUUAGCUUUAUUAUUUUAAACUUUCUUCUUCUCACAUUGUCAAAAAGACCGUAUAUCAUGGAUUUUCACUUGUUCCACUUUGAUUGUUACGACAGUCUAAGUGGUACAUGAAC